AUAUGGGCGGGACUUCUGUGGUUACCGGAGAUAAACAGGCUGGAGUCCGCACUCGGUUUUGGACGCCUAAACUUUCAAUGAGGGCUAAGCAGACUGUCGUUGUGAGCCUCGGACAGCGAGUGUGCGGCGCUGUCUCUUUAAACCCGCCCGGUGUGAAAAGUUCAGUCAAGAAGGCGGCGAGGAGGAGAGUUCUGCUGCAGAGAUCGGCGCCUGAUAUCGCGCGCGCUGUGCGACAGAUGGCUGGCGACGGCGGCGAGGCCAAGCGGCUCCCGAAGAGACCCUUUCACGGCGAAGUAGAGGAGAACUCCAGCGCGGCUGUGGAUGGAAACGUUAAAAUUCAGCCAGGGAAAAAGGCUCCGGGUGAACGGCGCGGCAAGGAGAACUCCACCGCCAAGUGCACGGGCUUGACAAGCGGCUCCGCAGUGGCGAAGAUGGAGCAGAGCGUUCACGGCUCGCAGACCACAGACCCGAGCGUUUUCUUCGACGAGGACAGCAAUCACGUUUUCCCUGUGGAGCAGUUCUUUGGGAACCUGGAUGUUGUUGAGGAUUACCCCCGCAGAACCCCAGGCAGCAAAAGAAUGAGCCGGAGAGAGUACAGGAGCAUGCAUUACUAUGCCAAAGAGGACAGUGAAGACGAGCAUCUAUGAGGACUAAAUCACUUCAGCUGCCACUUGCAGGAGUACAAAUGACUGAAGGAGCGUCAUGCUGGUAAAACGGACUUGAUUGUUUUAAAACAAGCUAUUUUAUUCUCGAUUAACAAUAGAGAUGCCCUGUGUUGAGUAAUCAGUAAUGAGGCACAUUAUUAUCAAAUGCAGAAAUCCGGUGCAUCCCUAAUUAUAAACUUAAGAGCAUUAAUUCAAGUGCUGCACUAAAAGAAUGUACAGUAAAGGGUUUUAUGUGAGAUUUGUGGUUUAAAGCAUCAUGUGAUUUGUCCUGAAAAAAGGCUAUUUAAGGAAAACUUGUUUAUUAGUGGGUUUUCUACCAUUUGUUGUUACUAAUGCGUUUCAUCAAUCAAGUGCCUCAUGUUUGAUAUUUAGACUUCGAAAGCAAUUGAAUACUAACCAGUCCUUUAUGAAUUUGGCACUUUUAAACGUUCUUUGUUGAGAAUGAAUCAGUUUGUUUUUGGAAAAAAAACACUUUAUACUUCAGAGUUGGUGCUGUAUUAUUGAAAGUUAAAGCAUGUAGAUUUUGGACAUAUCUUAAUUACUCUUUGAUAUGCUUGAUGUAAAGAAUUUAUAUUGGCGUCUCAAAUUAAGAGGAUUUUAUUGUAAGAUUUUAUUGUGAAAUUGUCAUUUUUAACAUACAAAUUGAAUCUGUUUUAUGCAUGUGGCUCCAUCAGAAAUUGUCUAUAUAUAUUGAUAUUUGUAAAUUCGUCCAGAUUUGCACUAACAUGGCUCAAAGAUGUAACAUUUUUACAGAUGUAGUUUAUUUGCUAUCAUGUACGAGGUAAACAUUGUAGAAAGUGUGAUUUCUGAAGUUUAUAUUUUUCUAUUGACGUGGUGAAUCAAGUGCUAAUUUUUGCUACCAAAUGCCUUGUAUGUACAUGAAAUGUAACUUAUUUAAUAUCUGAUCUUCAGUGUAUUAUCAUACAGAAAGCUAGAAUACUCCGUCCAGACAAAAUAAACCUCAUUUAUGAUUUUGGCAA